AUGGCUAUUUCACAGAUGUCGAAGUGGAGGCUCGGCAGGGUUGGAGGUUACCGGAGUCUCCCAGCUGAAAUGGAAGUGCUUGGUGAGGUUUGAGGUGUCUGAGCCGAAGAGCAGCCAGUGACAGGCCUGGGGAUCGUCUGACACAGCCCGCUUGACAAGGCCUUGGAAACUUGGUCUCUGCAGCAGCAACCGGAUUUCAGCCUGGGCUUUGGACACCUCAGCCUGGGACUGUACAUCUUGGCCUCUUACCUACUGUGUCUGCGUCAACCUCCCUCACAGCCUGAUGGCCCCUGCGGCAGCCCCACCCCAGUUGUAGGGGCUAAGGAAACUACGGUUGCAUGA